AUGUCUGACUACAUGAUCAAGCCUUCCAACGAGGCGCCUACAAAUGAUGCCUCAUCUUGGCCGCUACUUUUAAAGAAUUACGACCAACUUUUAGUUAGAUCUUCCCAUUAUACUCCAAUUCCAGCUGGUUGCUCACCAUUGAAGAGACCGAUUGACCAAUAUGUCCGUUCCGGUAUUAUCAACUUGGACAAGCCAUCCAAUCCUUCAUCCCAUGAGGUUGUUGCUUGGAUUAAGAGAAUUUUAAGAGUUGAAAAAACAGGUCAUUCCGGUACUUUGGAUCCAAAAGUCACUGGUUGUUUGAUUGUCUGUGUUGACAGGGCCACUAGGCUAGUCAAGUCCCAACAAGGUGCUGGUAAGGAGUAUGUUUGUAUUGUUAGAUUACACAGCGCCUUGGAUGAUGAGAAGAAGAUGGGCAGAGCCUUGGAAAAUUUAACUGGUGCUUUAUUCCAGAGACCUCCUUUAAUUUCUGCCGUUAAGAGACAGUUGAGAGUCCGUACAAUUUAUGACUCUAAACUUUUUGAGUUUGAUAACGAUAGAGGACUGGGUGUCUUUUGGGCCUCUUGUGAAGCAGGUACCUAUAUGAGAACCUUGUGUGUCCAUUUGGGUAUGUUGUUAUCCGUUGGUGGCCAUAUGCAAGAAUUAAGAAGAGUCAGGUCUGGUGCCCUGUCUGAAAAUGACAACCUGGUGACUUUACAUGAUGUUUUGGAUGCGCAAUUUCUCUAUGAUAACUCUAGAGACGAAUCUUACCUACGUAAAAUCAUCAUGCCAUUAGAGACCUUAUUGACAAGUUAUAAGAGGAUAGUCGUCAAGGAUUCUACUGUCAAUGCAAUCUGUUAUGGUGCCAAGUUGAUGAUUCCGGGAUUAUUAAGAUACGAGAAGGGAAUCGAAUUAUAUGAUGAAGUUGUUAUUAUGACCACCAAGGGUGAGGCCAUUGCAAUUGGUAUUGCGCAAAUGUCUACUGUUGAUUUGACCACCUGUGACCAUGGUGUUGUUGCCACUGUCAAGAGAUGUAUUAUGGAGAGAGACACUUAUCCAAGAAGAUGGGGUAUGGGUCCAAUUGCAAUGAAGAAGAAGCAGAUGAAGACCGAGGGUAAAUUGGACAAGUAUGGACGUGCUAACGAAAACACUCCUGAAUCGUGGAAGAAGGAUUACGUGAGUCAUGAAGAUGUCAAGGCUCCAGAGGUUCCUGCGGACAAGUUGGUUGUACCAGAGGUGCAGAAGGCCAAGAGUUCCUUAUUUGACGACAAGAAGGACCAAGUUAAGGAGGAGAAGAAGGACGAAGUCAAGGAGGAAAAGAAGGAGAAGAAGGACAAGAAGGAAAAGAAGGACAAGAAGGAAAAGAAGGACAAGAAGGACAAGAAGGACAAGAAGAGAAAGGCCGAAGACUCUGACGAGAAGUCUGACAAGAAGAAGAAGAAGAAGUCUAAGGACUAA